AUGGGCUCGACUCGGCAAGAUCCUAUACUCCAUGUGGGAAUCAUCGGCUGCGGCGAAAUUUCUCAAGUUGCACAUAUUCCCAAUAUCAAUUUUCUCGCUCAUCGAUUCCGAACAACAUAUCUCUGCGAUAUUUCUCAGCAAUCUCUGCGCCAUUGUGCACAACGCGUCCUUGGCGAAACGCCCAAAUCCACCGCCAGUGCCGAAGAACUUUGUGCUUCUCCUGACGUGGAUGUUGUUUUGAUCACAAAUGCAGAUGCAUACCCUGUCGAGCAGGGAAUUCUUGCGCUCCAAAAUGAGAAGUACUGUUUGAUUGAGAAGCCUGCAUCGAUCUGUCUGCGCUAUAUCGACCGACUUAUCGAGGCUGAAAAGAUUUCCAAAGGAAAGGUCUUCGUGGGAACCAUGCGUCGCUUUGCGGCUGCUUUUCUCGAUGCAGUCGAGGAUUAUCGCAAUCAGGCACAUCCCCAGCGUUUCGAUGAUUUCUCCAAGCAAGAUUCGUGUGAUCGAGCCAACAAAGAGGCCGACAUAUACGAGCAGGCUAUAAAUGAUAACGUCUUAUUCCGCUACGAUAACUUUCCGGUUGUGUAUGAAUCGGGUCUCUCUGAUAUUCCCUUCUUCGGUGCGCACAUUGAAGUGGCAUCUCCACGAAAGACUGUACGCGUUAUAUUCGAUAAUCCUUACAUUAAAGGGCUUCCAGUUACUCUCCUAAUUCGUGAAAAGAUUGGAGACGGUUUCCAGGAGAGGAAAAUUCGCAAAACCUACGAGGAUCCAUAUACCCUGGAGCUCUUGGACCUCUAUGAUUUUGUUGUCAACGGGAAAACACCUAAAAGCGGUGCCGAGGAUGCGAAAAAAGACCUUGAACUUUUUAGGAUGAUCCUCCAGGCGGGUUUUUAG